AUUGCAGACUACGCCUUACACUUUCCAGUUGAAGGUACCACUGACUACGUGAACAUCUGGGGAAUGCCCAGUUUGACCCAGUUCACGGUGUGUCUUUGGAUGAAGUCAAGCGACACGAGCCACUAUGGUACUCCGUUCAGCUACAGUACCCCUGGCCAAGAUAAUACAAUUAUCGUCUACAAUUACAGAUCUUUUCAGUUUUAUAUUAAUGGCAAGUUCAGGUACUGUUUGUUAGAUUGAAACCUCAGACUGAAUAUUUGACAAGAACCCUUGGCUUAUCCAAAGCGAAUUGAUGUUUUCAUUAACUUGAUUGUUGAAAUUCUUCGUAUGCAUGUAUAAAGGGGGCUAAUAUUACGGCCAUAGUAUCAAUCUGCAAGGCAAAUCUCCCUUUAGCUAUAAAACAGAUAAUGUUGGUUACUAGGGUUGUUUAGUUAUUUCUCUAUAAUUCCAUGUAGAACGACUCAUGUAUCGGCAAAUGAUGGGAGAUGGCACCACAUCUGUGCAUCUUGGGAAAACAAAUGGGGCUCAUGGAAACUGUACAAAGAUGGAUUUGUGGCUUCGAGCGGGAUUUGGUUCCUGGCUGGUCACGUGAUAAAGUCUGGAGGAUCUCUUACGCUGGCUCAAGAGCAGGAUUCUGUUGGAGGUCGCUUUACACAAAACCAGUGCUUCAUUGGGAUGCUGACAAACGUCAAUGUCUGGAAUUACGUGCUUUCCACAGCACAGGUUAAGCAGAUGUCAAAAGUCUGCCUUCCUGGGCGUGAGGGAAACGUCUAUAAGUGGUCUGAUUUCAUUCAUGGGCGUGAAGGCAAAGCCAGGGUUGUUAUGCCAUCACCUUGCAAACCACAGGCAUUCUGA